UAUGUAUGUGUAUUUUUUUGCUCGCGUGACGUCCUGUGCAAGCCCUAUACACCUCGAGCUUCGUCAUUUUUGAAGGCAUUUUGUUCUCAUCCUGCACAUGCUUCAUCCCUAGUUGCCACCCACGGCAGUUGUGGUUUUAAUUUUCAUGGCGUUUCCAUUGACCUUGCGUGGUUGGCUUUUUCGCAGGAUGUGCGGUGCGCUUUGCAGCUGCGUGGUUUGCGCGGAUAAGCGUACACUAGUGUGUGUGUGUGUACGCGGAACUGUCGGUGCGACAGAAAGACAAUCGAGGGAGCCCCUUUUCCCUUGUAUUCCUUUCCGAGGGACUUGAUUAUGGCGGUCUCCGAGUUAAAGAGCUCGUAUGUUUAUGAAGAAAGAUACGGGAGUCGCGGCCGCCGAAUAAAUCUAUCGAGGCGUCACAAUUUCGGAACGUUCCUACCGAUCGCCGUUUUAUUUUUGGACUGUGGAUUUUGGUUUCCAUUGUCAUUGUAUGAAAAUGACUACGACAACUUUAUUAAUAAGCGGGUUGCUGGUAUCUUGGUUCCGAUGGUACCUCCAUUAUCAGGACAAGGGUUUGGGAUGAUCGUGAGCUACGAUGCUACACGAUUAUUUAAAGUAAAUAAUAUUUGUUGUGGAGGGUGGGAGCUGUUGACGUAUUUGCUUAUAUCGCGGGCUGCUUCACUCUUUCCCACCUAUUUGAAUGCUAUAUAUUUUUAAUUUGGGCUGUGCAGACUGUUAAAGUUCGAACGCAUUUCGUGUUUAUAUUAUAAUACGGGCUUGCUGUAAUUUGUUUUCCUGCAGCGUUCACUGGCUUUCCAUAACUGUAAACGCAAAUGUAUGUGUGUGUGCGCGCGCGUAUGGCGCAGGUUCCUGGCGUACAAAACAACUGUUUGCAGGUUGAUCUUCCUUGGGUUAGAAUUCUGGCAGCAGUUCCGAUGUUGCCUUUCGGUACCGACGCGCCAUUUAAAUUCGCCAUGAUGUUAAGUGAAUUUUUUUUUUUAGCCUUACCAAGCCUUUAGUACUUCAUAGCUGGCUCAGGUAUGCCAGAAGUUACGCGUGCUUCGAAGGUACUGUGUGUUUGUAAAGCGAGUUCCUUUUUGUGCGGUAUGUUCAUGUUAUUUCUGGUUUGUUGUCAAGCCUACAAUAUCGAUGCGUUUUACCUUGGCUACACGCUUCCCAUGACCUAGCUGUUUCUAUUGCAUAUGUUUCGCGCGUGGGAUCUAACGCCACGUGCUCUACAUUGUGUUUGCGCCGUCGCAGAAAUUUUUUUUUUAUAAAUACCACGCCGCUUUACCGUGUACUUCCCUUCUACCUAAUUCUGAGUAAUUUAUACGGUGUGCACGCGUGACCGAAUCGCUUAAAUGCACAGUUCCGUAAAAGACACACCACGCAGUGAAGCUUUAAAUAAGUGUCGAAAGAAAUCGUACAAGACAGAAGAUGAGCGAUUCAGGUGCGAAGGGGAACCAGUCCCUAUCUUCGAAGGAUAAAGAUGGAGCUGAGAAGCGAGGCAGAGGCCGACCGCGCAAGCAACCUGAAGCAAAGACCACUGAGCAACAAGAACCCAGCGGCGCCCCAACUGCCAAAAGACCCCGGGGAAGACCAAAGGGCAGUAAAAACAAAAGCACCUCCAAGAGCAGAAAGUCUGCAGGUGCUACAGAAGGAAAACCAAGAGGAAGACCUAAAAAAGCAGAGAAGGGAGAAGAGGAAGAACAGGGAUCCCAGGAAUCUUCAGAAGAGGAAGAACAGUAAAGGCGUCGCAACCGAACUACCUCAUGACUAAACGUACUGACUUCCUGUCAUUGAUCUGGACUGAAACUAGAUUGUCCCCUACUCUGAAACUGUCACCCCCCCUCCCCUUUUUUUUUUUUUUUUUUUAAAUCUGGUGCUCCACUCAACAUGGCACCCUCUGCAUUUAUGCCACCUGCUAUUUGCUACAGCACUGGAAAAACUUGUUAUAUUUAGAGAGAGAAAGACACUACAAACUGGCAACUAUUUUAUUUUACAGUUCAUUAUGGGUUUUAGGCAUUUACAUUUUAUACUGGACAAAGGUGACUACAUAACCUACAAGUUUUUUUUUGGAUUUUAAUGAUUUUUUUUUUUUUUUUGUGUGUGGGUUAGGUGCAAAACUUGUUAGUCUCGUGCCUGUUAUAGUAGUUUUGCUUUUAUUCAUAAAUGAAUGUUAAAUGUGUUGACCUCCAUAGUUUGGUCAAAGACUUCCUUCUGUCUGGCUUCAUGACUGCAUUUACCAUUUUUGGAGGAAACUGACUGCAAUAAUUGGAAAAUGGUGGUGGGGAAGGUUUGGGAGAUGUUAUGACCUGAACUGCACAGAUUUUAUUUUGUCUAAAGCUUAGUGACUUUUUUAAAAUAAAUUUUAAGAUCUUUGGACAAAUACUUUUAAAUGCUGUGUGGAUGGGUUCAGUCUAGUUGCCCUGCAUGCAGUGUGUGUGUGUGUGGUUGGUUAGCUCUACUGCUCCUACUCCUAAUAUAUUUCAGUGUCUUAAACCAACAUGUGCAUAAUUUUCCUUUCUGAUUUUGUUUAGUGCAUUUAUGUGGUCAUCUGUAAUACUGGCAUUUUAUAAAGCAACACCCCAAAAAAGUGACUGCUGCACUGAAGUAGAUACUUCUGUGAGGGACCAUUUCCUCUAUAGUGGAAAUUCUGCUCAAACUCCCAACCCCCUUCCUUUUUGUGUCUGUGCUGAAUUUACUCAGGUUAUGGAAUAGUGAAGGAGACAAAACUUGUUUUUUGUUUUUGUUUUUUUUUCUUCUUUUUUUCAAAGGAUGGUUUCUGUGUAUAAAUAUUUAACCCUAUGACAGACUUUGAAAAGGAAGCAAGGUUUCUGUGUUGGCCAGAUUAAAGUGUGACGCCAGCAGAAGUAAAUGCUGUAAAGAUAAAAUAUCAAGUUAUGGCUGCAGAACUGGCUUCUUUACCUUUGCAAUUAAAGUAGAAGUGUUUAGAAUUAAAUCAAGUUCUGCACUUAAACACCUGUCCCCAUUUUGCAGUUUAAGAGUGCCACAUGUCUUACAUUUUCUGCGAUUUCCCUACUCCUAAGGAUCAGUAGAGCAUGCUGAUUGUCAUUUCAAACUUGUGUAAUAAAGUUAACACUCGAUUCAGUUGAGCUAUGGAUGGCAGUGUCAGUAACUUUAUUUGGCAUCUUGCAGUGUGAAAUGGAAUACAUUGUUCAUUACUUCAGAAAAACCAGAGAAAAGCUUUAAAUGGGUAGAAAAUGGUCUAAUAACUGAAAUUUUGUGAUUUUUUUUUUUUUUUUUUUUUUUUUAGUUUGACUUUAUUAGGAGUGUCACUGGAAAAUGUUCAGUUGAAUGAAAUUUUUAAAGGUCUCUUUAUAAAAAACAUUAGCAUCUUACUGUAGAGGACUCUUGCUUUAGAUGGGUUUUGUCUUCUCCUAUGGCUAGUAGGGUUUUUUUUUUUUUUUUGUAGGGGGGUGUUUUGCUUUGUUUUGACUUCCCACCCCCAACCAAAGUUUCCAUAUGUGUAGUGUGCUGUUUGCGUGCUGACACACUGACAUGGGUUUCAUGUAAUGAACCUGUGUGGGGGUUUUUUUUUUUUUUUUGGGUUGCUUGCUUAAACAAAAGGUAGAAAUUUCCAAAUGCUGUUGAUAGGCCUUAUAAUUCAAGAAUGGUAUUUUCUAGUAAAUGUGGGUUGUUUUGUUAGUGGUCCCUGUAAGGUUAUGUGCAGAGCUGCAGGCUGUUCGAUAGUGUGUUCAUUGAGGGAGCAUGCUGAAUAACUUGUGUUCCUGUACCAAACUGCUGCUGUAUGGAAACAAGGACUGCCUUUCAUGUCUGUUUCAUACUAAAGAGAUUCCUCAAGUUUGCACCUCCUUCACAUCUGCUCAGUAAACAUUUUUGGUGACUACCUCUAGAUAACAUUUUUCAAGUCUUUUAAUUAAUGCUGCUCUACCUGGUGAUGGAAAACAAUCUUGCACCCACUGGACAGCAGGGUGAAAUCAUGCUUAAUAGGCAACAAUUUGUGUUUUAUUUUCUGUCUGUUUUUGUGUGGAUCAGGCUGGUAAGGGGGUAUAUUGAGUAUCAAAUUUUAGGCAGAUUAAUUUGGCCUUGAGUUUAAAAAAAAAAAAAAAAAAAUUUAGGAAUAUUCAAGUGCUUGAUUGGAAGUAUGUAUUUUAUGAUGCAGACCUCGAUAUCAAAUCCAUGUUCUGCUUUUCAAUGAGUUAGCUGUGGUUACUUCAAGCCUUCCAAUCACCAAAACCCCACCCCCUUUCCAGCUAUGCAUAUGAGCAUACUCUCUCUCUCAUGCAUCCAUUACUAAAUUGGCUCUGGCUGAGCUGUUCUGUCUUAUAGCCCUAAUUGGUACACACUGGAUGCAGAAAACUGCUUUUUAUUUUUUGACUCAUCUUUUCAGCUCUUCCAGUCUGCUUACAUGACAUCUUAACUUCUGCCAGUCUCUAGUCCGUUCAUCUUGGACUGCAUUUAAAAACCUCCUUUUGGUCAGAUAUUUCAAAACCAGGUUCUCAAUAAGCUGCUAUUCAAGGUUGUUUUUGUUUUCUCUCUCAAAACAUGCAAACAGCCUUGUAUCUUCUGAGGAGUUGUGAUGCUCUGUGUAAAUGAAAGCUAUAUAUAAUGUAGCUAAAGUGUUUUAGCAUUUGCCAUUGUUGAAGUGUACGUUAGUUGCAGGAAAAAAAAAGGAUGCUGCUUGCCUAAGCUGGUGGGGCAUGGUGAUUUAGUAGUGACUGUAGUUUCUGGGAGUCACUAUUUGUAGCUUAGUAGAAAUUUAACUACAAAUUUUACAGUGCUGGCUACUGGAAUUACAUUACAGGUUUAGUUAUACCACACUUCCCUGGUAAAUGCUAGCACUAAGAUUUUAAUUGCCAAUGGCUGUCUAGACACACAAGGGCUCAUACAGUCUAUUUUCUUUGUUUCCUCUCUGAGGGGCUGGGCCUAAAAUGCCUCAGCUCCGAGGCAGUUUCUGUAAUUUUAAGACAGGAUGGGGAUGUGAAUGGAUUAACUCCAAUUGAAUGGUUAGGCUAUCCCCCUUUUUUUUUUUUUUUUUUUUUUUUUAAUAUAAAUAAGAGUUUGUAGGACUGUGGAAGCAGUUUGUUUGGGCAGGUUGCUCGGGACACUUAGACUGUUUUAAACUCUUCUGAUGUUUCAAAGAUGUGCUGUAUGUUUUGUCUUUAUGAUCUUGGGUUCUCAAUUGCAGUACUUGAAUAAACUGUUUUAUUGAUGUGUUUCAA